AUCAAAAUAAACACACACCAAAAUCCCUCUUGACAUUUCUCAAUUUUUGACACUUGCAUAACCCCGAUUAUUUUCAUCUGAAUUUCUUUUUCAAAUUCGAGAAAAAUGUUUAAAAAGAUAUUACCCAUCACCUCAAGGUUUCUUGCCCAACAAAUGCCAUCGAUUCCAAGUCGAUUAUCUUCAACAAAAAAAUUCACUAUUUUUGAACCCGAUUAUUUAGAUUCUCUAAAACCCAAAUACCCUCAAUAUGAAAGCAUAAAUGUCUCAAUUAAAGGCUAUGACUAUCCCAUCUUGGAAUCCUAUCAAAAAUUCCUUCACAGUGUCGCCGAAUACUUGGAAUUAGAUGUUUCUGACUGCUAUGCUCUACCACCUCAACAAUCGAAAGUCCAAAGAUUUCGACCGAAUUCUACAGUAAUCGAUGCCGAAUACAAACUAACCAUGUACGAGAGAAAUUUGCAAAUUAGCGACGUCGAUGCUCCAAUUUAUCCCAUCUUCCUGCGAAUUGCACAAUCUGCUCUUCCAGAGGGUGUUAAUCUAUCGGUUCAGGAACACGAUGACGAUUGCGAGGAAAAAAGAUACGUACCCGACAAAGACCUACUCGAGCUCAAGGCACAACUUGAAGAAAUGCAAUCUUCAAAGAAAAAGUAAAGUCUUUCGAUUUAGGAAAAAUUUAAUAAAAUAAAAACAUUUGUUCGUAGUUUGAUAAGAAAAUUAUUUUUAUUAUAUAAAUUUAAAUAAUUUACUUUCUGUACAGGACGGAAAUUGUUGAACUUUUCGUAGAAAUAUACAAAAAAAACUUAAGUAACAAAAUUAA